GAGCGGUCGUGCGUACGCGCGGGUCGGGUGAGAGGGGAUUCUACGAUAGAUAUAUGCGAAAGGCGCUCUGCAGACCGGCAACUAAUCAUGCCACUCGCACAAUUUGCUGACCCAUGGAAAAAACUUCAACUGAAGGAUGGUCAGUCGAAAGCAAAGGGACGACCGGGUGAAGAGAUGCUGGUGGACGAGCCGAUCGAGUCGGAGCCGUCGGGUGACGGCGAGAGCCAUGGCGGCGGCGCCACCACCGAGAUCGAGCUCAUGGAGGUGACGCGCGAGGGCCUGGAGAAGGCCGACCCCAGCCACUUCGAGCUGCUCAAGGUCCUCGGCCAGGGCUCGUUCGGAAAGUACGAGAUGCUCACAGGCAGUCUGCCGUUCCACGGCAGCAACCGGCACGAGACGAUGACGCAGAUCCUGAAGGCCAAGCUGGGCAUGCCGCAGUUCCUGUCGCCAGAGGCGCAGAGCCUGCUGCGCGUGCUGUUCAAGCGGAACCCGGCCAAUCGGCUCGGCUCAGGUACAAACGGCGUGGAGGAGAUCCAGCGCCACGAUUUUUUCGCCACCAUCGACUGGGGCAAACUGUAUCGCAAGGAGAUCCAGCCGCCGUUUAAGCCGGCCGUCACUCAGCAGGAGGACACGUUCUACUUCGACUCAGAGUACACGUCACGCACCCCACGAGAUUCGCCCGGCGUGCCAGCCAGCGCCAACGCGCACGAGCUCUUCCGGGGCUUCAGCUUCGUCGCGUCCAAUGUCAACGAGGAGCUCGGCAUGGCGACCAACAACAACAACGGCGGAUCACGCGUCUCGCACCCGGCGCUCGCCAACCCCGUUAACAAGAAAAUCAAGCCGAACAACAUCAGCGACGAGUAUGAGCUGCUGGAGGUGAUCGGGCGCGGCAGCUUCUCCGUCUGCCGGCGCUGCAUGCACCGCACCACGCGCACCGAGUACGCCGUCAAGAUCAUCGACAAGAAGAACAAGGGCGACUGCCUGGAGGAGAUCGAGAUACUGCUGCGGUACGGCACGCACCCCAACAUAAUCACCCUGCGCGACGUGUACGAGGACGAGCGCAGCAUAUACCUGGUGACGGAGCUGCUGCAGGGCGGCGAGCUGCUCGACAAGCUGCUGCGCCAGCGCUACCUGUCGGAGCGCGAGGCGGCUGCCAUCUUCCACGUGGUGGCCAGCACCGUCCAGUACCUUCACAACAGCGGGGUGGUUCACCGGGACCUUAAGCCGUCCAACCUGCUGUACGCCAGCCGCAGCUGCCGGCCCGAGUCGCUGCGCAUUGUCGACUUCGGCUUCUCCAAGCAGCUGCGCACGUCCAACGGCCUGCUGAUGACGCCCUGCUACACGGCCUCGUUCGUGGCGCCUGAGGUGCUGAAGCGACAGGGCUACGACGCCUCGUGCGACGUCUGGGCUCUGGGCGUGCUGCUGUUCACCAUGCUCUCCGGGAGGACGCCGUUCGCCAGCAGCGAGGACGACAGUCCGGCGGCGAUCCUGCGCCGGAUAGGCGAAGGCCGGCCCGACUUCAGCUCCGGCACCUGGCCGUCCGUCUCCCCCGCCGCCAAGGACCUGGUGCGGCAGAUGCUGCACGUGGACCCGGGCCAGCGUGUGACGGCGUCAGAGGCGCUACGCCACCCGUGGGUGAUGGGCCGCGCCGCGCUGCCCGACGUGCGCCUCGGCCUGGCCGCCCCGGACCUGCGCUCCGUCAAGGCGGCCAUCACAGCCACGUACCGGGCCAUCAACCAGAGCGCGCACACGCCCAACCUGGGUCCGGUGGCGCUGUCGGAGCUGGCGCGGCGGCGGCGCAAGUCGCGCCGCUCCUCCUCGGACGUGUAGCGCCGGCCCA